AUGGCUGGCUACAGGCGGAACGACGCACUUAUGUGCCUUAUUUUCUCGUCAAGUUUGGGUGAGUUGGGCCUGAAAUGGUUUGAGAGGCUGCCGGAGGAAAAUAUCGAAAGGUGGCAGCAAUUGACGGAGGUGUUUUUGACUAGAUUCAAAACAAACACCAAAACGCCCAAAGAAGUUGACCAUCUCCUGAGUGUCAAGAUAGAACUGGGCAACUCACUCAAGGCAUACAACGCCAAGUAUUGGGAAACUUUCAACGAAAUCCUUGACUGCCCGACCAACUCGGCGAUCAUCCAAUACAAGUGCGGUCUUCCAGUUGGACAUAGACUUCAAGACUCGCUCACCAUGAACCAACCAACGACCAUGGAAUUAUUGAUGCAGUGCAUCAAUGAACACAUCCGAGUUGAGGAUAAUGCUAUUGUGGCUACCGCAAAGGUGAAUCUGGUGGCAGUAGACAAAAGAGUGGCUGGAAAGGUCCACACAGUCGGACAAGAGGCAAGUCAUCCGAACAACUGCAAUAGAGAUUCAAAUCGCGGUGUAAACCGCAACAACCGGGGUAAGGGUCGUAAGAAUGAUCGAGCUAACUACCCCCGUGAUGCAGCGGGCAUCACCACGGCUUUCAAGAUCCCAAUUUACUAUAUCCUUAGCGAAAUCCGCGACGAAGCAUACAUUCGGUUUCCAGCUAAGUUGGGUGAUCUGCAGAGAGGCUUCAAUUCGAGAUACUGCUACACCUACAAUGAUGAGUGUGGCCACCGCAUAGAAGAUUGCGUCCCUUUAAAGCAGCAUAUAGAGGAGUUGGUGGUUGCUGGCCAUCUUGAUCGCUAUAUUGAUGGCGGCGUCAUGGCCGUACCUCAUGCUCAAACCGAGCCAAACGGUUUGGCCGCCCUAGAAGUGCCCCCCCAAUGCGUGAUCAAUGUGAUCCAUGGAAUCGUUGAGCCAUCGCGGGUAUACGAACUUUGA